CGGGCCUCUACUGAUCGGGAAACGUCGGAAGACAGAAAAAUGGGCAAUCAUAAAACCCACGGCAACCAUGAAGACACGCACUCUCCCCCUAGCAAUCCCACCCCGGAACUGAGGACACAGGGUGCCCACGCUCAGCCCUUGGCGCCAGCACUUCUUGGACACCCUCAACCCCCUCAGCUAAACCUGAAAUCCCGGCGCUCCGGAUUCUAAACGUUUCCUUGAGCGGGUCCUCUCUAGCCGGCCGUUUAUCUAUGGUUUCUGCUAUAGGGCGCUCUAGCCUGCGCGAAGGGGCAGUGAGACCGCGCGGGUACCGCUCGCGGCUGCGGUGAACUCCGGUGGGCGCCCUGCUGGUUGUGCAGGCAGCCAUGGAGUUCUUGCGGAAAAUGCUGAUCACAGUCGCAGUGCUGGGCGCAGGGGCUGGCGUGGGCUUCGCGCUCCUUGCUAUCGUGACCCCCGGGGAGCAGCGGAAGCAGGAAAUGCUAAAGGAGAUGCCACUGCAGGACCCGCGGAGCAGGGAGGAGAUGGCCAAGACCCAGCAGCUAUUGGUGGCCACUCUGCAGGAGGCAGCGACCACACAGGAGAACGUGGCCUGGAGGAAGAACUGGAUGGUUAGCGAAGGCGGCGCCGGCGGGAGGUCACCGUGAGACCGGACUUGACCCUGUGGGCGCUGGGACCUUGGCUCGGGCGCAGGAAUCCGAUGCGGGCUUUCUCCUUCGUGGGCCCAGCGGGGAGUCCGGCCGAGAUGCCAUGCCCAGAACUCUCCAGGGUCCUGUGAGCUGCCGUCGGGUGAGCACGUUCCCCCCAAACCCUGGACUGAUUGCUUUAAAGUCCGCAAAGCGGGCCAGGGCCGAGACGCGAGUCGGCUGUGGUUAACUGAAAGAAUCAAUAAAUCAUGUUCCUCCACCCAGAA